UAAAAUGUUCCAAUAAACAGCUUCAAUAAAGAACGAGUUAAAAGAAAGAGUUAAAAGCUGUUUGUCUAUAUUUUCAUUUUUGUUCAUCAGUCAUUCUCACCGUGAAGUGCACUUGGUACAAAGUCAGGUUUGUUUCCAUGGUAACUUGGAAUUGAAGAGGUUGGUGCUGAUAUUAUGGAGGAAUUGCUGCAUUUCUGUCUAUAUCUCUCCAUAUGUUCACACGUAGCUUGUUGUAUAUAUUACACAGGAUGUGAGGCGUUCAGUUUUACAGCUUGUGGCUCGUGAUGUGUGUGGUGUACGGUGGGUGCAUGGGUGCACAUCUGCCGAGCAGGAAGGUCUUUUUAUCCUGGCUGAUUCAGAGCGGAUCACGCAUCUUGCUGAGAGAUGCAAUCCCCAACCGGUUUUGGGGGGCUUCAUAUUAUCUUUCUGCCUGAGUUCUCCAUUGAUGUAGGCCUGAGUGGAAGCGAACUGCAUCCGGCUGUGUCCCCGGGGCAGGGCACGGGGUCCGGAAUCCCCUGGCACGGUUGUCCGCUGGGGCUCCAGCCAAAUUCGGUGGAAGGCUUCGGUCAAAAGCACUCAAACUUAGCCAGACAGAAAUCUUUCUGAGCUUGUGGGCAGGGAGGCAUCAGCAAUAUUCAAAUCCCUGAAAGUAAUCCUGAGGUUCUGUGUGUGAAUGACCUCAGGGCAGCUCAGUCUACAUGGGGUGAUGUAGCAGCUUUGCUUCGGGGUAAGUCAGAGGGCAAAGGGAAAGAGAGCAGCACAAACACUUUACCUCAUCUUUGGAUGAGGAUCAGCGGGUGGGUGUGCUGUUGGCAUGAGCGUGGAGGUCGGGGCAUAAAUAUGGGCUGGGGCAGGGGCAUGAGCUGCACAUCCCCAAGAGCUGCCCACCUACCGAAUCCAUUUGGAGGAGAUAUAAUGGAAAUAGCAAUCCAGAACCCCUGGUUCCGUCGGUCUCUCUUUCCAGGUUUCUUCCCAUUCCGGAUGUUUGACCAGCACGUUGGGGAUCACUGGGAUAGUGAUUUUUUUUCUCCAUUCUACGCCAUGUUCUACUACCGGCCUUCAUUCUGGCGCUACCCAAGCUUGUGGGACAGUGGCAUGUCAGAGGUCAGAAUGGAUAAGGACCGCUUUGUAAUCAACCUGGAUGUGAAGCACUUCUCUCCUGAAGAGCUGUCAGUCAAGGUCAAUGACGAGUAUGUCGAGAUUCAUGGCAAACAUGAGGAACGACAGGAUGAUCAUGGCUACGUGGCGAGAGAGUUCUACAGGAAGUAUAAGGUGCCAACAGGAGUUGACCCUGGAAAUUUCACUUCCUGUCUAUCCUUCGACGGCGUGCUGACCGUCUCUGCUCCUCGCAACCUGCAGGAUGUAUCAGAGCGUAGCAUCCCCAUCACCUGCGAGGAGAAGCCAACUGCACCAAAGUAAACGUGAUGUGGAAGCUGCAUUGCUUCUCUUUCUUCAAGCCCAGACCUCCUCCCAUCUUCCUACUGUAUCUGGUUCUUCUAUAUCCUCUGAGACCUCGACCUACAGAUAGGGAUAACACAGCCUACACCGGUGCACUGACCAUAGUUUUAUUAUAAUAGUAUUUAUAGUGUGUUUGGAAGCUGGAGUUCCUAGUAAACUGAGCAACAACACUAUGUUGAUGUGUAUGUUCUUGCAGCCUUGAAGCCCACCUUAUUAUUUUUAGAGUCUUCACUUUGCCUAUUUAAGCAUGUGGUCACGUAUAGGUAGUUUCCUGCACAGUGAUUUAACCUAGUCUUGGACUAUAUAGCAUUUUGAAUGCAGAAUUUCCAUUUAAAAUGAAAAUAUAUUCUUAGACUAGGAUUAAUCCCCUGUUCACUAAACUUUAAUCCUUCAAUUCUAGUCUUGGACUUUAUAGCAUAUUAUAGAGUUUAAAUAUUUUAGGAUUGAAGGAUUAAAGUUUCUGUCCUUUAAACCUUUGAGCCACAAUCAGAGAAUUUUAUUUCACAAUGUCAGAUUAUGUAAAAUCUGUAUACUGAUAUAGACAAAUUACAAACCCAUAAACUAAAGCAGAUUUGAGUGUUUUUUUUUGGUUGAGGAUAAAAUGGCAUUUCUGAACUGGUUUCUUUGAGUAAAUACAGUGAUUUAACCUAGUCUUGGACUAUAUAGCAUUUUAAAUGCAGAUUUUCCAUUCAAAAUAUAAAUAUAUUCUUGGACUAGUCUUAAUUCCUUGUUCACUAAACUGAAACUUUAAUCCUUCAACCCUAGUCUUGUAUUAUAUAGCACAUUAUAGUCAGAAGACGUACAUAAAGGUUUAAAGAUUUUAGGGGUAGAAAGAUAAAGUUUCUGUCCUUUAUACCUUUUAGCAACACUCAGAGAAUUUUAUUUCACAAUGUCAGAUUAUGUAAAAUCGGUAUACUGAUACAGACAAAUUACAAACCCAUAAACUAAAGCAGAUUUGAGUGUUUUUUUUUUGGUUGAGGAUAAAAUGGCAUUUCUGAACUGGUUUCUUUGAGUAACUACAGUGAUUUAACCUAGUCUUUGACUAUAUAGCAUUUUAAAUGCAGAUUUUUCAUUAAAAUGAAAACACAUUCUUAGACUAGGAUUAAUUCCUUGUUUACUAAACUGAAACUUUAAUCCUUCAACCCUAGUCUUGGAAUAUAUAGCAUAUUAUAGUCAGAAGACUUACAUAAAGGUUUAAAUAUUUUAGGAUUGAAAUAUUAAAGUUUCUGUCCUUUAAACCUUUUAGCAACACUCAGAUAAUUUUAUUUCACAAUGUCAGAUUAUGUAUAAUCUGUAUACUGAUAUAGACAAAUUGCAAACACAUAAACUAAUGCAGGUGGUUGGUUUUUUUCCCCGGCAUUUCUGAACUGGUUUCUUUGAGUAACCACAGUGAUUUAAUCUAGUCUUGGACUAUAUAGCAUUUUAAAUGCAGAUUUUUCAUUCAAAAUGAAAAUAUAUUUUUAGACUAGGAUUAAUCCCUGUUCACUAAACUGAUUCUUAGUGGUUGUGAAUGAUAAUGAUAACCAUGGCCUUCAGAGAAGACUGUAAGAUAAAGCAGAAACCAUUGGGCAUAUGAAGCUGGCUGUAAUUGACAACUGUUCAGUGAAAGGUGUUUUUAUUGUACUGUGUUGAACUAUGUUGAAUAGUGAUCACCAGAACAACUGGAACCCAAUAUGUGUUGUAGUGUAAUGUAUAAAGUAAUGCUGUUUAUGUCUAUAUACUGUGUAUGUUCUAAGAUCAACCCAGAUAAACUAUGGUCAGAACACAAAUAAACAAAUAAUAGCACAUCUCAAAUACAAUGUAGGUCAUAAGAGGUCAACAACAGGUCAUUUGCCACCAGAAUAUGUAUUUAUUAGCCUGAUAAGUUUGGGCUACUGGGGUGCAGAGGUUUGGUCAAUCAUCUUUUUUCUCUACUGUCAAACAUUAUGAUCUUUUUUCUUUAUAUUCUUUAUUUUUCCUUACCUCCAAAUGUGACACAGGACUUCUAUGUACUAAAAGUAUCACCUGUGGCAGUGGCUAACCCAUAGCAUGUAUGUUAUUAAAGGAAGUGAAAGAUA